AUGUCCGACGCGCUCUCCAUUCGCCGGCAACGCCAACUGGUUCUCUCCGGCACCGGACCAUGCCCCGAGUCUUUCGAUGCCAUCAUUAUCGAGAUCCUCUCAUGGCUACCUGUCAAAUCUUUGCUUCGUUUCCGUUGUGUAUGCAAGGCAUGGCGGGCACUGAUCUCCCAGUCUUAUUUCAUCAAGAAGCACCUCAUCCGCACCGAAAUCAACGCCAGCUUCAAGCUUCUCGUCAAGGAGAGUUUCGUAUUCAGGUCCAUAGAGUACCAAGCAUUAUUCAACUGUUUAAGUGAUGAUGGUACUAUUCCCCACAGAGAGCUUGAUUUUCCGGAAAUCAAUCUACCAAUGUUUGAAUUUCUUUAUAUGCGGAUAAUUGGUGCUUGCAAUGGCCUCAUAUGUCUGCUACUAGACUGCGAAACUUCAACUAUUAUGUUAUGGAACCCUUGUACUAGAGACUCCCAGGUAUUACCACAACCUCCUAUUAUUCAUAGAGACCUACGGUUCUUCGGAUUCGGUUAUGAUUCCACUACUGAUGAUUACAAGGUAGUACUGGGUUGUUGGAAUUCUAGUUAUGAAUCUGUUAUCGUCUUUACACUCAAAACGGGUUCGUGGAGGAAGCUUCAAAGCCUGACCAAGUAUUUUAGGGUGUUAUCUAUUGGGCGUAUAGUUAACGAAGCUCUACAUUGGCUACUAUAUGAACCGUUUGAGCAACCCAUGUUCUGUCCUUCAAGAAUAGUGUCAUUUGAUUUAGCGGAGGAGAAAUUUCAUGAGAUUGCAUUCCCCUAUCCUCCGAAUCCGAUAGACAGAUGUACUCUGGUCGCGGACGUUGAAACUCUCGGUAACUGUUUAACCCUAUACUUUCAAACCAUGGAUUGCAGAGCGGGGUGCGAAAUGAAGAUAUGGGUGAUGAAGGAAUAUGGAGUCAAGGAAUCCUGGGCUGAAGUCAUAAACAUCCCUUCAGGGAUUCUAGGUGAACGUUAUUCAUUCAUGAGAUGCAUUUCUGAGAAUGGUGAAGUUUUGAUGCGUCUGGGUAGUGUUGGUCCCUUGGCAAUAUAUAAUCCCAAGGAAAAGACAUUUAGGAUUUUGUUGCACCACAAUCAUGAAGCCUUUUAUGAUACAGCUACUUAUGUAGAAACUUUAGUUUCACCAUUCAUUGGCAGCUCUAUUGGCACAAGCAUGUGA